CCAAAAAUUUUCAGGGGAAAAUAUCUGUGUCCACACAUACAAAAUGACUUGAUAAAUAUCCCCACUUAGUCCAAAACCUUAAAAACUCUCUUAAACCUCCUCUUGUUUAUCCCCCGUUCUGUACCUCUUGUUUAUUCGUCUUCCCCAGCCCAAAAAUGCCCACUUUUUCUUCUUUUCUCUGAACAUUCAUUUCUCCUCUUCUUCCUCAACAAUGGGCUCCCUCCAUCCGGUGCCACAAGUCUGGACUCCUCUCCUGCUGAAAUUCAGCUCUUCUUCUCCUUCUAUCUGGACCCUUUUCACGGUCAACCGCCCUUUCCUCUACAAACAGAGAUAUCCAUUAUUAACAACCAUGGCUGUCUACACUCAAGGGCGUCUCCCCGUCUCAAGUCCCAACGGCCACAAAUUGGCUCCGAAAAGAGAAAAGAUGGAGCUUGAGACUGAUGCCAUCUCCAUUCUACACGAAAAGAUACGCCGUGACCACGGCAAGAGAGAGGCCACAAGGCCUGCAAUGGACUCUCAGGAGGCUGACAUGUACAUUCAGCUUGUGAAAGAACAGCAGCAGAGGGGAUUGCAGAAGCUGAAAGGGGAUAGGGAAUGUAAGGAAGGAGGUGUCUUUAGCUACAAGGUUGAUCCUUACACGCUGCGCUCUGGGGACUAUGUUGUUCACAAGAAAGUGGGUGUUGGCAGGUUUGUUGGGAUUAAGUUUGAUGUUUCUAGGACUUCUACUGAACCCAUCGAGUACGUCUUUAUCGAGUAUGCUGAUGGAAUGGCUAAGCUCCCUGUUAAGCAGGCUACUCGCAUGCUCUAUCGAUAUAAUCUCCCAAAUGAAACAAAAAAGCCUAGGACCUUGAGUAAGUUGAGUGACACUAGUGCAUGGGAGAGGAGAAAGACCAAAGGAAAGGUUGCAAUUCAAAAGAUGGUUGUAGAUUUAAUGGAGCUCUAUUUACAUAGACUCAAACAAAAAAGACCUCCUUACCCAAGGAGUCCUGCCAUGGCUGAAUUCGCAUCUCAGUUUCCUUAUGAACCCACACCAGAUCAAAAGCAGGCUUUUAUUGAUGUAGAGAAAGACUUAACCGACCGAGAAACUCCAAUGGAUAGAUUGAUAUGCGGAGAUGUUGGGUUUGGUAAAACCGAAGUUGCAUUACGGGCCAUAUUUUGUGUGGUGUCAGCAGGGAAGCAAGCUAUGGUGUUGGCACCCACAAUUGUUCUUGCCAAGCAACAUUUUGAUGUCAUUUCAGAUAGGUUUUCCAAGUACCCGAGCAUCAAGGUUGGACUUCUUAGUCGGUUUCAGGGUAAAGCAGAGAAAGAGGAGCAUUUGAACAUGAUAAAAAAGGGUGAUCUAGACAUUAUUGUCGGAACUCACUCACUUCUGGGAAACCGUGUUGUGUAUAAUAAUCUAGGCCUGCUUGUAGUUGAUGAGGAACAGAGGUUCGGUGUCAAGCAAAAGGAGAAGAUUGCAUCUUUUAAGACUUCAGUUGAUGUUCUUACUCUCUCUGCAACACCUAUACCCAGAACGCUUUAUUUAGCUUUGACUGGUUUCCGUGAUGCCAGUUUAAUUUCUACACCACCUCCAGAAAGGGUUCCUAUCAAAACCCAUCUUUCAGCAUUUGGUAAAGAAAAGGUCAUUGCAGCAAUCCGGUAUGAGCUGGAUCGUGGUGGUCAAGUUUUCUAUGUCUUACCUCGAAUUAAAGGAUUGGAAGAAGUGAUGGAUUUUCUUAAACAAUCAUUUCCAGAUGUUGAUAUAGCUAUUGCUCAUGGGAAGCAAUAUUCCAAGCAACUUGAAGAAACCAUGGAGAAAUUUGCGCAGGGUGAAAUUAAGAUUCUUAUAUGCACAAAUAUAGUUGAAAGUGGGCUUGACAUUCAAAAUGCAAACACUAUCAUAAUCCAGGAUGUUCAACAAUUUGGCCUGGCACAACUGUAUCAGGUCCAGCACUUUCAUAUUCUUCUAUCUCACUUGUUCUUAUGAAUUGUCAAAAGAUGCGGUA